AUGAAGGUCUACACUGAUAUUUUCACCCGUGAUGAAUUGUUCUCUGAUUCAUACCCAAUGAAGACUGAAUACGAAGGAUUCAUUUACAAUGUUUCCUCUAAGUUCAUGGUCAAAGAUGAGGACGAGGAUAUCCUCUAUGAUCCAGACCAAUUUGAAAAAUUGGAAAACAAGCCAGAAAAUACCACAAAGGUUGACCAAAUUGUUGAUAGCUUCCACUUGGUUGAAAUUCCAGGAAUUGAAAAGGUUAAGCAAUUGGUUGAUACCAUCGGACCAUACUUGUCCACUUUGAGAGCUAAAAUUGAAAAGGAGAGCGCUGAAAAGCUCGCCAAAUUCAACGAGCAAGUCAAGAAGUUCCUCGCUGAACAAGUUGGUAAGGACAUCAAGAACUACAAAUUCUACCAAGGUGAAUCUAACGAUAUGGACAAGUCCAUGCUCAUCUUCCAAAAGUUCAACGAUGACGGAAAGACCUCACAAUUGUACUUCUUUGUUGAUGGUUUGAAGGAAGUUAAGAUGUAA